UCAAGAGUGGGUGGGGCAGGUCUUCGUUUGUUCCUGUGCUUUUGGCUCUGGGCUUUUGGUGUAUGUAUUUCAGUUGGGCAGAGCCCCUGGGCUGCACCAGUGUUCUGCCUUCCCGUCUGAAUGAGCUCUUUUCUGUCAGGCAACGUGGCUUCACUCUCAAGUCCAAAAGUGCUCAGUUCCUCCAUGGUUACUGGCUUCUCAGUUUUGAAGCAGCACCCUUCUCGGGGGUUUCCUUGGUACAGCUGUGGGCCUGGGUGCCAAUUGCCCCCCAUGCUACCGAACUGGUUCUAGAGUUCGAGGAACCUCGAAGAAGCCCCAGAAGAUACCUCCUGGGAUCUUUCCCCAUUAUCUUUCCAUCCUAUCAUUUAGAGAAAGGGUCAUUACUGGAGAUCUACUGCUUAUUAAGGUAUUGGAUGGAGCUGGUCCCCAGCCUCCUGGAAGAGGAAAAGCUCCUUUCUACUGCUCUGGCUGAUGCCAAACUGCGCGAGUGUGUUAGCGGCGAAGACAAGCGGGAUCUAGUGCUGCUGCUGGUGUCCCCGCUUCUUGCACAGCUGCAUUUGCUUCACCUGCCUUAUGUGCAGAAGCCCUUUCUUCCUGAUGUGGAACAGCUGUUCCUGGGGCUCCAAGGUCAGCGCUACUGGCAGGCAGAGAAGCCUGGCCAGGCAGAGAAGCUUUGUCAUCUGCAGGAUCAAAAGGUGAACCUUCACAGAGCUGCCUGGGGCGAGUGCAUUGUUGCCCCCAAGUCCUUCAAUUUUCCUCUUUGUCAGGGGACCUGCCUGACCCUGAACAGUGAGUACCAGGAGACGAACUUCCAGUGCCAGGAGAGAGAGGCUCCUACCUGUUCCAAGAUCUUCCGGGUCUGUGGUCCCAUCAAGGUCAGGCUUUUCUCCUUGAUGGUCCAGGAUGACGAACACAAGAUGAGUGUGUAUCACAUGAACACGUCCCUGAUAGAAAAGUGUGGCUGCUUUUGAGAUACCUGGACUCUCCUAUCCCAUAGCCACUCAAAUCUCGGGACUCCCAUGAUGGUUUGGGGUUGGUUUUCAGAACAGUGAAAGUCCUUUGAAGGACAGUGGGAUUUGAUUUAGUUCUCAAAAUACAGUAAGAAGGAUAGAAUCAUGAGAGUUAUCCCUCCUUGGAUACUUGUACUCUAGUACUGUUCUCAUCACCUCCAUUGCUAAGAGCUAAGGCCUGUUUUGUGUCUAGAUGUCUGAAUAUUGCUCUGGAUUGGGUGUUGGCCAGAUUCAGUGCCACACUGGGUGUCACUUAGGUGGGGAAGGAACUGAUAUAGAGUUGUCUACCCUUGGGUUCAGGGAAAAGUGUUAUCAGUGUUAAGCAGGUCUCUGCUUUUGGGACUCUCAAGCUAUUCCCCUGCUCUUGCCCUUCUCUGUAUCAUGGGCCUGGGGUUGGCCUAAAGCUGGUCUGGGUCUUGGAAUGUCAGUUCCUCCCCACCUAGCACUCCCAGCCUCUUUGGAGUAAAUGAAAUCUCUAGCCAAUGGAGUGCUAUGUCAUGGGCUAGCCAUGGGUGCAGGACACCAAGGCAUUAGCUGCUAGUGUCAGAUGAGGACCUGGGAACCAGGAGGCACAGAGGUAACUGGAGACUAGCUCUUGGAGGUGGGGCCUUUGACCUCAAGGAAGGGCUAAUUUUCUCAUUUAAGGAACUUUCUGCCUAGUGACUAGUUUACUAAGUUAAUUAUGGUCUUUAAUUAAAGUACAAGUGUGGUGGAUCUCUUGUGUUAGAAAUGUACCUCUUACUACCCUUUUUUCUGAAUCAGAAUGAAUAUAUGUUUGGUCUUAAAUCUUACUGUUAAAGAUCACAGAAAAGAAAAGUAACUAGAAAGCUCUUUGAAAUAAAUGUUCAGUGUUCACUCAAGUGACUUGUG